AUGGAGAUGAUCGCAUCGGAGAUCAACGAGAUGCUCAGAUUUUAUGAUGAAAUGACCGAAUAUAUGAAGCCCCCCAUGGAGUAUGAACUGCCCGUCGUUGACAAACGGGUUGAGAAAGUGCGAAGUCACUUACUCGUACAAGCCAGCACAUACCUUGGCGGCAAGAAUACUCCUGAGCUCCCUCAAGAGUUGUGGGAGGUCAUUUCCGGCUGUUUCUCGUCUGUCUUGUGGGCGUCGAUCGGAUGCUCGAAGGGGGCAGGCGGUAAAUAUCAGAAUGAAGCUAAAGCCCGCUAUGAGUAG